AAACGCAAGUCGAUUGUUUUCAUUUUAGAAUAAAUGAACAAUCUGACGAGUUUUCCAUAAACUAAGUCGUGUGCGUAAUGCUGAGCAUGCGCCGGUAUUUUCCAAAUUAUGUGCAUGUUUCCGUAAAUUACGCACAGCGUCGCUGUUCGCUCAAAAACACGCUGGUUUUUAUGGAAGAAGCCAUAACCGUAUACUCUAAGCCACUGCGUUUUUGAACGAAAGAAAAGCUCAGUCAGUUACAACCCUUUCAUAGAACAAUGGUAACGUAUUUGCAGAGUCGUAUACACGCCGGGGAAUGAAAGAACAUCAACAGGAGCGGACAAAUUCCAGUUUGUGUUUUUUUUUAUCCUCGUGUGGCUGGUUGAGUUAUAGCCACAGUUGAAACAAUGGAGUCGCCUUUCUUUAUGCGAAGCAGGCGAAGGUACGUGUCGUUUUUCCUUCUUUUCUUCAUGCUGGAGGCAGGGUUUUCGGUCACGCAUUACUCCAUUCCCGAAGAGAUGGAAGAAGGUUCCGUUGUAGCCAAUCUAGCUGCAGAUCUGGGACUAGAUGUGAACACUUUAGCUAAACGCAAAAUGCGACUGGAUGUUAUCGCCAGCAAGAAGUACGUGGAGGUGAACAAAGACACAGGAGAGCUGUACGUUCUGGAGCGAAUAGACAGAGAAUAUCUAUGCCCUGUUAGAAUUUCUUGUUUCGUUAAAAUAGAUGUAAUAAUCGACGACCCGAUACGAAUAUUUAACAUUGAACUUGAAAUCGUUGACAUCAAUGACAAUGCGCCACAUUUUCGAAGAGACAUGAUUCAUUUGGAUAUUUCUGAAUCUGCCACACCCGGAGAAAGAUUUUCUCUUAACAAUGCCGUGGACCCCGAUGUCGGUACGAACUCUAUUAAAACAUAUCAUCUUAGUGAAAGUGAUAGUUUCAACAUUGAGAUUCAGGCAGGAAGAGACGGAUCCAAGUUCGUGGAUUUGAUUCUGAAAAAGGCUUUGGACCGGGAGGAACAGGCUGUACACAAUCUAAUACUCACCGCUGUAGACGGCGGAGUCCCGGCGCGGUCCGGCACCGCAAGCAUCAUUGUGCGCGUGCUGGAUAUAAAUGACAACGCGCCUCAGUUUGAUCAAGAAGUUUAUACUGUGAAUAUAACCGAAAAUUCACCCAUAGGAGGCCUUGUUAUUAAACUAAACGCGACUGAUUUAGACGAAGGGUCUAAUUCCGAGAUUACCUACUCAUUCAGUCUGUACACAUCGGAAAAAACACAGGAAAUAUUUGCUUUAAAUUCAGAAAACGGGGAAAUUAGAAUCAAAGGGCUAAUAAAUUUUGAAGAAUUUCAAACAUUUGAAAUGGACAUUAUAGCUAAGGACAAGGGGUCGUUGGCCGGACAGUGUAAAUUAACGGUUUUCAUAACCGAUAUGAAUGAUAACCACCCUGAAAUCUCCAUUAAGUCUUUGCAGAGUACUAUUAGAGAAAAUGUGGCUGUGGGGACGGUAAUAGCUCUAAUUAGUGUGAGUGACAAAGAUUCUGGAGAUAACGGAAAAGUGGACAUACGGCUUUCAGAACAGUUACCGUUCGCGCUGAACAAGUCUUCUGAGGGGUAUUUCUCACUUGUUGUUUCAGAACCUUUAGAUCGUGAAAAAGUUUCUGAGUAUGACAUCACUAUCACAGUCACAGACAGAGGCACGCCCCCUUUGUAUGAUAACGAAACGCUCACGUUGCAGCUACUGGAUGUGAACGACAACGCGCCUCAGUUCCCCAAAUCAUUCUACACCAUUCCUGUAAUGGAGAACAACGCGCCGGGAUCACUGCUGAGUUCUGUUACCGCCUUUGAUCCAGACCUGCACGAGAACCAGUACCUGGUUUAUUUCAUUGUAGAAAAGGAGAUAUAUAACACGUCGAUUUCAAUGCUGUUUUCCAUUAAUCCAGAGGACGGUAAUCUUUACGCGCUGAGGACUUUUGACUACGAGAGAGAGAAGGAGUUCCUUUUCCACAUUGAGGCCAGAGACUCGGGAUUUCCUCCCCUCAGCAGUAACGUCACCGUCCACAUCAUUAUCCUGGAUCAGAACGACAACACGCCGGUCAUAGUCUCUCCCUGGCGCGCGCAAGGCUCUGUAGUGGAGGAAGCGAUCCCGAGAUCCACUGAUAAAGGAUACCUGAUCGCCAAAGUGAUCGCCAUUGACGCAGAUUCUGUUCAGAACUCUCGGAUCACGUACCAGUUUCUACAGAUUACUGACGCCACUUUGUUUAGUCUGGACCAAUACAACGGGGAAAUCCGGACAAUGAGAAUGUUCAGUUACCGAGAUCCGCGUCAUCAGAGGCUGGUUAUUGUCGCCAAGGACAACGGAGAUCCGUCUCUUUCCGCUACAGUGACUAUUAAGUUAUCAACUGUGGAACACGUCAUCAAAGCGUUUUCGGACACCACAGAAUUUCCUUUGGAAUAUGAUAUAUUUUCAGACUUAAACCUGUAUCUGGUGAUCGGUUUGGGCUCGGUGUCGUUUCUGUUAUUGAUCACUAUCCUGGUGAUCAUCGUGCUGAAGUGUCAGAAACCGAAGCCUGCCAAACCGACCCCUCCCUGCAGGAACAGCGUGAUUAGCCAGAGGAACUCCACCAUAGCGGACUCCACCCUGGUCUCCAGCGAUGCCUACUGGUACAGCUUGUUUUUAGCGGAGACGCGGAAAGGAAAGGUGGUGGUUAGGCAGCCGAUACCAAAGGGGGCCGGAUACAUGGUUUCCAGUUUACCCAGAGGCACGGGCCUGACGGAGACCAGCGGAUCCAGAGCUUCCACUCUGCAGGUAGGAAUAGACUCCUAGGCUUGCGCAUUGAUUUCCGAGUGACUCCAUUUUCUUUAUUACGCAAAUUUAUACCGUAAUUUCGCACCAAGAGCCAACGGUAUACAAAAACAGUUGUGUUAAAAACAACACAAAACGUGUCAUUUUUUAA